UUGGAGCACUGCGGAUGUCUUUUCGGGGAGAAAAUUUGCAGGAUGAAGAGUAUUUGUUGAUACUGACCUAAAAAAAUCAGUGUUUUUUGUUUUUUACUAUACUUUCGGAAUUUACGGUUCAUGCAGUGCAUUUGACCUCGAGAUUAGAUGUGCAGCUCGUUUCAUAAGAAACCAAUCGCUGACAAAGGAAGAGGUGGAGGCUACGGUGCAGGUGCUGGGUUCCAGCUUGUGAUGGCCAAGAUCGUUUGUCUUAGGUUGCGGGGCUCCUCCGCUAGGGGGAGUGAACGGUAAAAAACAUAUUUACAGAAUUGUGUCAAAAAGUAUUAUUUUUUCAUAUUUUUUUAUAAAAAAAUUAGCCACCGAAUUAGACCGUUUUGAGCACGAUUAUGACGGAUGGGUCCCACCAGAAGGGUGACCACAGCACAACAACCCCGUGCGGGCACACUUGUCUACACGGAUCAUUUUUACCGCUCCGCGUGUGGGUCUGCGUGGCGUCCGUACAUUAAGCGGCGUGUUGACGUGUCCAGUUGUUCCCUGCCAUGUCCUGCCGUGUGGCCACGUUGGUCGGCCAGUGCUCUCGUGCUUGCCUAUGAAAACCCGGCCUCGCAGGAGACAUCGCCAAACACGACGGGCCUCCGCCUCCCGGUGCAGAUUCCUUCGCCCCGACCUCCAUUCAUUCAGGCGAGCAUGCUGAUGCAAUGCUUCUUCUGCAUUAUGCUGCUUGGUGUUCAUGUUGCUGAACCGUCGUCGUUGUUUGCUUCCAAGAAGAAUUAGAGAGGAGCGCUUCCAAGAAGGCGAAAAUCAGCACCGAAACUCGGGACCGCAUGACGGCGCCGCAGGAAGAAUUAGAGACGGACAAUGUUUUCUCCCACGACAUGGACACCCUUGAAUGUGAAAUCUGCUCCCUGCCUUUUUGAUUCUCAGAUCUUCAUGUGCAAGAACGGACAUGCGGCGUGCGGCAACUGCUGCAUCGGCAUGAACCACAAGUGCUCCUGCUGCCACGAGCGCAUCGGCGACAUCCAUGAACCACAAGUUCCGCAAGCUCGGCUGCGGGGAGACCGUCAAGUUCACGGAGCUGCGGAGCCACGAGGAGGAGGCGUGCCCAUACGCGACCUACAGCUGCCCGUUCGACGGCUGCGCCUACCGCGGCGCGCUGCUCUACGACCACGUCCACGACGAGCACGCGCAGGCGCCGGCGCCGGUGCCCAACUGUGACAUGGUGGGCGGCCUGCUCCGGGGCGCGACGGUCACUCUGCGACGGGACGAGCCUGUCCACACGCUCCUUCACCGCGACAGGGUGAGCGUGAUCCUCCUGCUCAACGGCGGCGACGUCCUGACCGGGCGGUCGCUGUCGCUGGUCCGCAUCUGCCCGCAUCCCAAGCCCGACCAAGAAGACGAGGAAGUUGAGUACAGGAUGGUGGUGAUGCGCGGCGAGCCCGGGCCUGGGUCGCCCUCGCUGACGGCGUCGGGGAGAGUGCAGUACGUCCGCCGGCUGGAGGGGUGCCAGCCCCAACACUUCCUGUUCGUGCCGGACGCUUUCUGGGGCUCUUCCGGCAGCGUCGUCGUCACCGUGCAUCUCUGAUUCACGAUGACGCAUGUGUCUGCUUAAUCCUGUAUCCUGCUGGGUGCUGGGUGGAUCUGUAGUGCAGUGUAAUGGUGGCGGUGCUGCCGGUGUGAUGUCCAAGUACGUCGUACAAUAGUUGCAAGUAGCAGUAUGUUAGUAGGUCUGGUUCUGCUAACUGCCGAAUCCCUGUCUGUAUCCUGGUGGGUGGAUCUUUUGUUUUUGGGCCCGCCAGGGAUCAUCAGGCAGAGGCAGGGUAGUGUAGUGUUUAGGAGUUUGUAGUUGUAUACAGUACGUACGUAUGUAAGUAUGUUCCAUGGUGGGAUCGUGUAUAAUGUAUUGCUAGAGUUGGAAAGACAGCAGGGAAAGGAAA